AUGGGGCAGACGCAUCGAUCUCUGGAUGACGACGAAGUUUUAAGGAAAUCGACCACUGAGGAACGAAUUUCAGUGCUUGGAAUUGAUCUCACUCAUCGGCCGGGAUGGCUUCGAUUUAUCGUGCUUAGCAGUGUUGUACUUACAUUUUACAUCGCAUACGGUUUCAUUCAGGUAUUCGAUUGA